AUGGACAGGGUUAGGAUACUGUACGGUGGCUACCGAAGGGUCAGUCUAAGGGACGAGUGUGCCUGUUGCAGGAUGGAGGACUCCAGCGGAGGCUCUGUGCUCCGCGACGACCGCAGCGAUUCUGGAGUGAGCUCGCUGAGGUCAGCAGGCAGCGGCGAUGAGAGGUCUGGCUCCAGGUCCAGCGCUCUGAGCCCCACCCCGCCCCCCAGCGUCAGGAAGAUUGCAGAGGGCCUGAGUGAUGGCGAGUAUGUUAAUAGGAACCCAGAGGGAGUACCUAGAACAGUGACAAAACUAGUCCCGAACCGGUUCCCCAUGCGCACAAUACAUCAUCUAACAUCACUUGUCAAGAAACAUUAUCAAUAG